AUGCUUCUGAAAUAUCGAUGUAUUAUUCUCUUUUUGUGUAUAUUCAGGAACAAUAUAUUAGUUCACUCGAUAAAAAUGAACAAAAUACAUAUACAAUGGAAUGAUAAAAUGAUUAAUAGUUAUAAUAAAACAUUAUUAUUGAAUUCCUUAAGGAAGACAAAAAAUAAUAUAUUUUAUGCUACAUAUAUUAAAACACCUUUUUUACAUAUUAAUCAAAGAAAAAUCAAUUAUUUAAAAAAAGAUAAUCAUAGUAUUUAUUCAAAAUAUUAUAAUAACGAACCAGUAUAUAAUACCUACAACCCUAUAUUAAAUUAUGAUAUUUUAGAUAUAAUUAAAGUAUAUGGAAGAUUAGCUGAGCAUUCCAAAUAUGAAUCUCUGAAUAUCAAUAUAAACAUAAAUGAACAAGAUGUACAAGUUAAAGAAAACAAUAACUUAUUUACAAAAAUUUUUUCCUUUUUAAAAAGUAAAAGUACAAAUGAUUAUAAUAAAGUUUAUUGGUUUCAUCAUUUUCUAAAAUGUGGAAAAAUGAACUUUAACGACUUCAGAAACUCAUUAUUUAAAUUAAAAUUCAAAUGGCCAAAGGAUUCCAUCUUUCCAACUUAUAAUAUUUUUUUAUUUGAAAAAGGAUUGAAUAAAAAUAUGGACUCACCAACAAUUAGAAAAAAAGUGGAAAAUUAUAUGCAGUAUCAAGAAAUAAAUGACAAUCUUUUGAAAAGUUGUUUCUACUGUUUCUCGAAUGGUAAAGAAUAUAUAACGGUGUAUGAUAUUUUAAGAACAUUUAAUAAUUGGAAGAAAAUUAGUAAACAUAAAAAUAAUGACAAACCUAAAGGACUCUUUUCCUUCUUUAAAAAAGAACAUAACGAAGAAGACGAAUCAGUUGAUUGGUUUACAUUCAAAAAGAAAAUUGAUCUCAGUACAAUUCAAAUGUACGAAUCAAAAAAAUGA